CGAAUGGCGGAAGUGGGCUCGGAAUGCACGAUACACAAUUGGAGUGUUUAUCAUCAGAUUUUGAGUUGCAAAUCGUUUCUGCAGCAAUUUCUUCGCGGUUUCUGAGCAAUCUCGAGGAUCUGUUUUAAAUUUCUGACGAUAAUCGGUCUGUUUCAAAUAAAUUUCUUGAUUUAAAAGUCGUUUUACGCCUUAAAUUUUGAAAAUGUGACGCUAAAUUCGUCGCUGUGAAAAAAAUCUCCGAAUACCACCCGCGUUCACUACACACAACCACGUUUCUGCCUUGGAUGUAUCACAUUUGAUUUUCUAACAUGGAGAAGCCCGAUCCUCUGAAGUCAAAAACUAGUGAGCACCAUUUUGGCGAAGCUCAUUUUGAGAAAAGUCUCAGCAACUUGAAAAACACCCAAGAAAGUAUUUCACAGCUCUCUAGCUGGUGUUUACAACACAAGCAGCAUCACAAAAAGAUCGUCAACUGCUGGUUCAAAGUAAUGAAAAAAGCAAAAAUGGAGAACAGGUUGAUCCUGUUUUACUUGGCUAACGAUGUGAUCCAGUACAGCAAGAAGAAAAAUUACGAUUUCGUUAAUACUUGGGCACUCUUUUUGCAACGAGCAGUCACCCUUGUUAGGGAUGACAAAGUAAAAACCAACAUUACACGCAUAUUUAGGAUAUGGGGUGAAAGAGGCAUUUACGAUGAGGCUUUCAUAGCUGACUUGAACGGGCUUCUGGAUUGUCAGAAAGGGGUGUCUUCUGACACAGCAAAGCUUGUGGCCGAGUUUCAGCCCCUGAGGCUUGUGGAUAAGAUUAGAGGGUGCAAAAUUUUAGAAGAUGAUACAGACUUGAAGCUAAAGCACAUCAAAGAAUAUCCUUUGGACCUGACAAAUGCUGACACCUUGCGAUCAAGUCUCAAAGAUCGCAGACAUGGUGCUGAUUUGGUGUCUGAGGUGGAUCAAGGAAUGUCUAAAAUCCAAAGCUAUGUUACCUCUUUAAAGGAGGAGAUAAUGGAGAGAGCCAAGCUAAUCGAGCUUUUGGAGCAAGGAGAAGUCUUUUAUGAGCACCAAAAGGGAGAAGCAAAAAUUGUCGUCACUGCUUACAAGAAUUUUGGCAUAAAAGUAAAGAAGCUAAAGAAACAUGCAGAUGAACUCUUGCCAAGCUUAGCCAGUCCAGUCCCUUCGCCAGACAUUAAUGCUCCUUCGCCAUCAGGAUCUGAUGAUUUGCAGCUGCCUGAUCCUCCGGGAUCAAGUAAUUACAAUGAAGUUUCUGAGCAAGUAGCAGCACAAACUGCUUACAACCCUAAUGUAUUUGGCCCCAGUGGAUCUGACAUGAGAAUGGGUAGCUUUAUUGGUUCAAAUAUUUCCUUUGACUUUCAGUCUUUUAGAGAGCCUCCGCCAACUAUGCCUCCAUUGGAUAAUGGCAUCCCUAACAAUCAAAUAGAAGUGAUAGGAGGCAAAAGCACAAACCCUAAAAAGCCUGAUGAAGGCUUCAUCAUUGAUGAGUUCCUCAAGUCCUUAAAUCCAGCUCCAGCACCGCCAAUGCAACCACCGCGACAAAUGAACUUGCAGCCCCCUCUUCCUCCAAUGCCUCAACAUCUCGCCGCACCACUACUGAAUAAUUUCAGUGCACCACCUCCACCACCGCCUCCUGAGCCACCUAGACAAAGGGGCUUCCAUCAUUCGAAUGAGCCUCCAGAGUGGAAAAAUUUCAAUGAUUGGAAAGGGCCACGUAACCCUUGGAAUAAUAGUCACGAUAUUGAAUGGUCUGCUCCAGAAAAGAAAAUGAAAUUUGAAGAUGGACCACAUUCACCUCCGAUGUUUGAAAAGGAAGGUUUUAACCAACCAGUGCAGUACGACGAUAGGACGGGAGUUGUACCGGAGGAUGUAGACCACAGAGGGGCGAGACUGAAAAAAGAUAUAGACCACCGAAACCUCAUAAGUUUGACUGGGCCUCUAAAUGCUGCUCUGAAAUCAAACAGGAAGAGCAUUGACGACUCUGACAUGCGCAGCAUUCCGCCUCUGCUGAGCAAAAAAUUCGAACCACCCCUAGGAGUACUAAUGAAAGAAAUGCGCCGAGAUUUGAACAUGGAGAGCGUAGAUAUGGACCUUAGUGAUGAAGACGGUGAUCCGUUUAAGAAAAAAAGGAAUGGCUCUGGUGGACCAAAGGCACCAUUGCUGCCUACUCCUGCAGCUGACGAGGAAGAUUCGGAGUGGAAUCCUCCUCCUCCUGGCGCUGAAGAAGACAUGAGCUUCCAGUCGCAGCCCGUUUUUGAAGAAAUGAAGCCGCACAUUCAAGGCCCAAGAGGACCGAUGCAUUUGGCUGAGCCCUUCAAUGGUCCGCCAAAUGAUAUGUUCACAAGCGACCAUUUUGGAGACAUGAUGAACGACCAAUUUGGAGGUCCUCCAGUAGGCUUUGGAGGACCGAUGGGCCCAGUCUCAGGUCCUCCCCCAAGUGGACCUUUCAGACCAAGAGGCAAUUAUGGAAAAUAUAACCCAGGCUACACGCCAGGUUUUACAAACAGAGGUGGUGGAAAUGGAAGCAUGGGAACACCACCCAUGCUUCGUGGUGCACCCCCCAGGUUCCGAGGACCCAGUCCAAUGAGACCGUUCCGAGGUGGAAGGGGACGAGCUAGUUUUGCCAGAUGGUGAUGGAGUUGCGUGAAUGUUUUAUUGUAUAGCUUUGCAUUAUCAGACUCAAAACUUCAAACGAUAAAUCGCAUUAAAAUUAAGAAUGCUUGUUGUUUCUUAGCUUUGUUAUUAUUGAUCUUACAAACAAAUUGUAAACACUUGCAAACUUUUCGGAUUUUAUUACUUAUUUUUUAGUCUGGACAAGAUGGUUUUUCGGGGCUGCUCAAAUUUUGUUCCUUAGGUUGAUAUAAUAUUCAAAUAUCCCUGGUAAGCCUCUGAAAUAUUUUAGUCAUAUUCUAGACUUUGAACUGAAAUCAUCUAACAUUUGUAAAACUAUUUUAUGAAAAAUCCUGCAGUGUAUUUCAACAGUCAUCCUUGUGAUUCUAUAAAAAAUAUUGCAACCACCCAUUCGCAACUCACUGGCGUGCCAUACUAAAGGAAAAAAGUGUCCGUCACAGUGGAUGACAGGAGAGAUCCGCUCUUUUUGGUGGUUCAUAAUUUUAAUGGCUUCUUAGUUGAUUCAGCUCAUUGUUUAGGCAGGUUGAUAACAAAAGUAUGCAGGCACACAUGUGUAUAUCCCUAUGCAUAAUUUCAUCUCAAAAAACUUACCAUCAAUGUAAAAUAAAACUAUACCAAGACAUGA